GAGACAUGCGCCUUCCUUCUGCGCGAGGGUAAGGUGGAUCCGAAUCCCUUGGACAGAUUUCUUCAUACUCCCCUGGAUGAUGCAAUCCGGCACGGUCACAAGGAUGUGGCGGAGCUGCUGAUCAAAUUUAAGGGAAGACCCUCCACCGACGACGAGUACCUCAGCACGGUCCGCGAUGAGUUCUUGAAGCAGAUGGAGGAGGAAAAGGCACGCAAAGACACUGACAAGCUGGACAAGGAGCUGAAGACGCACAAGUUCUCCGAGGUUUUGGAGCGAUUGGCACGGCUCCGUUCUGAUCUAGAGGACGACGUGUACCAAUUCAUGACCUCCGCGGCCAACAUCCGCUACGAGCUGUGCCGCAUCCUCCACAUGAACAUGCAUGAUGAGUCGAGCCGUACCAGGGCUGGCUGGGACAGGUUGACGCAACAGCUCCUCGAGCUUGAUAGCAGCGCCUCCCGGAUCCUGAAGACGAUCUCCGGCGACGUCUUCCCCUGGCUGAACUCAGCUUGCAACAACUUUCACACCCGUGGUCUGGUGUUGCUCCUCCUACCCAACUUCUCAGACCAUUUGUCGAAGUUGGUGGUCGUGCUGAACCAUGUGAAGGCGCUCCUUCCUCGGCUCAUCUCACAGCUUGUGUCCCCCUCCGGGCUUGGCUACGACUGCCGCGUCUUCGGCCUGCUUUGCCAGAGGCCACCGGGAGUUAGGUGGUUGAGUGCUCUAGGGGUUUAG